AUGGUACUGAGCAUACUUAUCUUGCUCGGUGGCUUAGUAACCGCCUUUGUGCUACAUGCUAUUUGGCAAUGGCGACGCCUAUCCCACGUCCCGGGCCCUUUCAUCGCCGGCUUCUCCAAACUCUGGGUCUUUUGGGAAGCCAUCCAACUUCGGCUACCGGCAGCAUACGAGGAGGUGGGCAAGCAAUAUGGGUCACUCGUGCGCGUCGGCCCCAACGAGUUGCUCACUGAUGACCCCGAUAUCCUGCGAAAGAUGAUGGCACCCCGGUCUCCGUACACUCGAGGGCCCUGGUACGAGGCAUUUCGAGUUGACCCGAGCAGAGACAAUGUGUUGACCUUGAGGGACGAUCACGCUCAUAACGCGCUUCGCGCGAAGAUACUUCCAGGGUACUCUGGGAAGGAAAAUCUGUCCAUGGAGGGCAGCAUAGAAACCCAAAUUGCAAGACUCAUCGAACUCAUCGAGACGAAGUACUUGUCAACAAAACACGAGUAUCGGCCAAUGGAUUGGGGUGUGAAGGCGCAGUACUUCACUCUGGACGUUAUCGGGGACCUCGCGUGGGGCCAGCCAAUGGGGUUCCUCGAGCAGGAUGCCGACGUCUUUGAUUAUAUCAAGAUCGCCAUGACCUCCAUCCCCGCGAUGAUGGUGGUUUCAACCUACCCUUUGUUGGCGAAGCUUCUUCAGUCACGCUUUUUUCGCACGCUUCUGCCGAAAGAAACUGACAAGAUCGGAUUCGGCGCUUUGAUCGGGAUCGCGAACAGCGUGACUGCCGCGCGUUUCAAGCCCGAUGCUCCUGACCACCACGAUAUGCUCGGAUCCUUUAUUCGUCAUGGUCUGAACGAGGAAGCGGCCGCCGCAGAAACGUUGGUCCAGAUCAUUGCCGGAAGCGAUACCUCAGCCUCGACUAUCCGGGCCGUUACGUUGUAUAUCCUGAGCAAUCCACGUGUGUACCAGAAGCUGCAAGCUGAAAUCGACGAGGCCAUUGCUCUGGCGAAGAUAUCAUCACCCAUUAAGGACGCCGAAGGCCGGCAACUACCUUACCUCCAGGCGGUCAUCAAGGAAGGUCUGCGGAUGAUGCCCCCCGCUUCUGGCGUCUUCUUCAAAGAGGUGCCUCCCGGGGGAGAUACAAUAGACGGGAAGUUCAUUCCGGGCGGCACGCAGGUUGGUUCUAACAUCAUGGCGAUCCACCGCUCUAAAAGGAUCUACGGCCAGGACGCUGAGAUUUACCGCCCGGAACGAUGGCUGGAGGCCGAAGGGGAACAGCUCGCCCGUAUGAACAAUACAGUGGACUUGAUCUUUCACUCUGGAAGGUUCCAGUGUCCUGGGAAAGGUGUGGCCUGGAUGGAAUUCAACAAAAUUUUCGUCGAGGGUGUUUGGAUAAUUGAGGACUUCUGGGUGCGCGUCUCUCGCAGGAACGAAGAGCGGUCAGGCUGCAUGUAG